CCCGGCGGCCUCCUCCCCUUUCCAGCCCAGUCGGCGGCCGGGACAGCAGGGACCGCUGUGAGGAGCUUCGCGCUCGCGCCGCCCGCCGCCGCCCUUCACUCCCGCGCGCUCCCGGCGCUUCGGCUCCGCUCCCUGUGCGAUACUUAAGAACUUCAAGCAGUCAUCCCUGAUAUAAGAGAUUAGUUUACAUCCUGGAUAUAUGUGCUGUUUCAAAGAUCUGUCCCCAUAUUUCACAUCUCUUGCAUUUAAAUUUCCCUUUUAGAACUGCUUUUGUGGCAUUCCCUAAGUUUUGAACCCAUUAAAAGAAAGUCCUGUGGAAAAUGGCUUUCAGUGAUCUUACAUCGAGGACUGUGCGUCUUUAUGAUAAUUGGAUCAAAGAUGCUGAUCCAAGAGUUGAAGAUUGGCUCCUCAUGUCCUCACCUCUGCCGCAAACCAUCCUCCUAGGACUGUAUGUCUAUUUUGUCACUUCUCUGGGACCAAAGCUCAUGGAAAAUCGCAAGCCCUUUGAACUCAAGAAAGUGAUGAUAACGUACAAUUUUUUCAUAGUGCUGUUUUCUGUAUAUAUGUGUUAUGAGUUUGUGAUGUCUGGCUGGGGUACAGGUUAUUCAUUUCAAUGUGAAAUUGUUGACUAUUCACAGUCACCCACAGCUUUGAGGAUGGCACGUACCUGCUGGCUUUAUUACUUCUCCAAAUUUAUUGAGCUAUUAGAUACAAUCUUUUUUGUUCUGCGCAAGAAAAAUAGCCAAGUGACUUUCCUUCAUGUAUUUCAUCAUACCAUCAUGCCAUGGACCUGGUGGUUUGGAGUCAAAUUUGCUGCAGGUGGUUUGGGAACAUUCCAUGCCUUUCUGAAUACAGCUGUACAUGUAGUCAUGUAUUCCUACUACGGACUCUGUGCUCUGGGACCCGCCUACCAGAAGUAUUUGUGGUGGAAAAAAUAUUUGACAUCAUUACAACUUGUCCAGUUUGUUAUUGUCACCAUCCACAUAGGCCAGUUCUUUUUCAUGGAGGAUUGCAAGUAUCAGUUUCCAGUCUUUCUGUACGUCAUUAUGAGUUAUGGUUGCAUCUUUCUGCUGCUCUUUCUCCAUUUUUGGUACCGUGCUUACACCAAAGGUCAGAGGUUGCCCAAAACUGUGAAAAAUGGAACUUGCAAAAACAAAGAUCACUGAAGCACAACAUAAGUCUAUGAUUGAAAGUGAUAUAUUGUCUUCCUUGACAAUCAAGAGAUAUUUACCUAUGCAGUGCAUUUUGUAUAUUUUUCAAAACUAAGAGCUUGUAUUUCUAUGAUAAGUUAUUUGGAUGUCUGAUAUUUGAGAGCCUGAAGCUCCCAGAUAACAGUCUUCUGAUAGAGCCUACAGCAGCCAGAAGUUUUUUUUUUUUUUAAGGGGCUUUUAAACCUAAUCCAAAGGUUUUGUUUAACACAUUUUUUUACAGUGAAAGGAAGAUAUGAAGCAAUACAGUUCUCUUCAAGGAAGUCCAGUAAAGAUGAAAAAUAUCAUUAGAUAUUUUGAGCAAGGAUGGAGAUCCACAUGAUACAAUAGAUUCUCUCUGCUGGGUCUGGAAACCUCUAACCGUAGGCCCUGCCUUUGUCAUUUAUUGACUGUAUUCAGAAGAUGCUAUAUUUGCUCUAGAGUUAAUUCCCAUUUUAGUGAGCUAACACAGGUGAAAAUUGAGUGAGUUUUUGAUAACUUGUCGUUUAAAAUCACUAAUGAUAAUGUCCAAAGGAUCUUUUGAGUAGCCAUCACCAGUUAUGCUGCUAAGACUUCCUCACAACCCUUUUGUUGCACAAACAGUUUCGCAGUAACAAUCCUUUGGGUUAGUACCCUGAUGCACUUGACACCAAGUUUCAUUCAGUUGAUUAUUUUGAAAAUAAGAUGAUUUGUUUUAAUGGGUUAAUGAACACUUUGCUAUUACUGUUUUACAAUUAACUAUAUCUCUGGAAAGAGGUGAAUUUGUCAAUGAAAAAAGUACUGUGUAGUUCAGUGGGAAAAAUCUGUUGUCUGUUAUAGUAUCACACCGGUGAUCAUUAGCACACCGCAGGUACAACCUUAAAUCAUAAAUAAUAUUACCCAUUGUAGGCAGUUUCCAGAUUGGGUUAGAGUGGCUUUGAAGCAACUAGAGGCAAAUUGUGGCACAGAGAGUAUCUAAUGGAAACUGAUUAUGUAAGCAAGGGCUGUUCUACUUUGGGAGAGAGACAGACUACAUAAUACCUAUAGAUUAUAUAAAGUUAUAGAUAUACUGCACAAUAAAAUAUUUUUCAGAAUUGUGAAUUAAUUAACAACCUGGAUUUCUGUUUCCAGACCUAUAAACAAUAUAACAAAGGACUGAAAUUCAUUUGGCAUAGCCUUUGUUUCUUUAAAAUCACUACUUUCUAAAAUUCUGUUAUUUUUACAUUUUCUUGUCAGAGAACCAAAACUAUUAGUCAGCAGAGUUUUGUCCAAGAAAUAGCAAUAUUUGAACAUUUGUGAAUUUUUCCCAAUUUUGUUCUUCUUUUAUUUAUAUUCAGUUUUGAAGUACUAUUUAUGUUCAUAGGACUUUAAACAAUUAGUACUUAAGGCUCCAGUUAAUUUUGAACACAUAGAUAUACUUAUUGUACAACAAUGCCUAAGUUUUACUCAAUAUCAUGGCCUUUUAUCUUUACACUUACCAGAUUCAUAAGGUUAUUUGCCUUUAAGUAAUCUUUUGCGAUUUAACUUGAUUACAGUAGGAGAAGGUAAAGGUUGAUAAAUGGGAGUAAUUUUAUAUAUUUUUUAAAAAAGAAUAAAGGGCAAAAGAGCAUAGCUAAAGGAAACUGCUGCUCUAAUUUAUUCCCCUGCAAGGUCUCAGGACUCCUUAACUGUUUUCCAGGUUUGGCUCUUCAUAUCUAACCUGUGCUAAAAUGAGAAGGUAUAUGUCAGGUGCUGUUAUAAAUCACACCAUUUCCAAAGACCCCAAGUGAUAUAGAGACCAAAAUGAGGCAAAAAUAAAAUAGAUGAAAUAGGAGAGUUUAAUUCUUGCAUACUUUCCGACCUUCAUCAUACAACCUUGUAUAACCUCCCUGAAGUCUUUAAAAUGUUUAACUUGCCUAUGAGCUAUCAUAUAAUAAAACACAUACUCAAUUAUAUGAAUAGAAGUGGAGAGCUAGAAUGCUACAAAAGAAAUCAUAACUGCCAGAAGUAUCCUCCAUGGAAACAUCAACAUGAUUGUGGAUCAAAAUGAUUUUCAUUGGAUAUAGAAUUUAUGUGGGCCAUAUUUAUUAAAAGAGUUCUGUGUGGUCACAUAGAGUUCCUUUGGGAUUUCAUCCCACUUUUCAGGACUUAAUUUGUUUGGAUUUGCUUACCUAACAAACAACAACAACAAUAACAAAAAAUAGCUCCAAAUCUAGUUUAUUACAUAAAACUCUAUGAAUUCUUGAGGACCUAUAUGUAUAUUGUAAAUAAAUACAAAUAUCAAUUUUUAAAUAUCUAUAGGACUUUGCCAUUUUGCCACCUUAAUUAUAAAAUCAUGACAUUAUGUUCUAUUACCGUUUAUUUCUGUUAACUUUUUAAAGACUGGAACACUGUGGACAUUGUUGAAGUUUGUUUUUCCCUGUGUAUUAUAAUAAAUUUGUGUUAUUGCAUGUA